AUAAAUUCAACUGCCGUGAUCCACUCCGGGUUUCCAACAGGCAAGGAACCCUUCUCCUGAAAUCGCACGACGCGUACUCAACGAACUCGACGUUACCAAUCCAAGUAGUAGAUUGGCCGUAAGAGGGUAGUGGAGAAUGUCUCAUUACUCGACAAAGACAACCGAGAAGGAUUUGGAGUUCAGAGAUCAUGCUGUGACGGAGUCGCAUGGUAAUCCCUGAGCAGACUAACGUGUUUUAUCUCCAGCAUCCGGGGCUUCUCCACACCGGCACAUCGCCUGGGGACUCCACAAACGAUUACGUGCAGAACCGUGCACAGUAUAAGAACGGGACGACACGGCUAAUUCUGUGACUGUGUGGACUUUUCUCUCUCUCUGGUGCUGAAGUCGUCUUCACAGAACCAAAGACACGAUGUCUCAGGAUGGGAAGAUCACCGCCAGUGCUGCUCAGCAAAAGGAAGACCUUGAGCGUGCCAACACCCAUGGAACAUACCUCGACGCGUUUGAGGGCUCUCAUAUCUCAGAGGAACAUCGUCAGUACCUCGUGCAGAAACAUGGAACCUACGAGCUUGAUCCACUUCCGACCAUGAGUGAUCACGACCCGUACAAUUGGUCGUCCUGGAAGAAAUAUAUGAACCUCUUCCUUAUCGCCAUCCACGCAUGCAUGGGUGCUUUCGCUGCAUCUGCUAUUAUUCCAGCAUACGAAGAUAUUGCAGUGGAUCUCGGCGUGACCAUAAGCACGGUAGCGUACCUAACGUCGAUACAAAUUGUUGUAUUAGGUGCCGCCCCGCUCCUCUGGCGCCCCCUAUCCACACGCUACGGUCGCAAGCCCAUCUUCGUCAUCUCACUCAUCGGUAGCUUGGCGUUCAAUAUCGGAUGCGCGGAGAGCAAAUCGUACGCCGCUAUGGCGACGUGUCGUGCAUUCUCAGCAUUCUUCAUUUCACCACCGGGCUCACUUGGAAGCGCAGUUGUGGUGGAAAUGUUCUUCAAGAAGGAAAGAGCCAAGUGUAUGGGUAUUUGGACAGUCAUGGUAACUGUCGGUAUCCCGCUUGCACCGUUCAUAAUGGGGUUCGUGGCGUACAACGUUGGAUAUCGAUGGAUCUACUGGAUUAUCGCAAUUAUCCACGGCGUUCAACUCAUCCUGUACCUACUAGUCGGUGCUGAGACACGCUUCAUAAGACACAAGGAUGGUCCGCUCGCCUCGUCAAGCAGCGACAACAACAACAAGAAGAAGUGGUUACCCCACCGCAUCGAUUCCACACCCUUGAGCGCUGUAGAAUUCGUCUCGCCGCUUCGUUUCUUCAAGUACCCUUGCGUACUAAUUCCUGCAUGCGGCCACGCUAUGGUCUUCCUCUUCGCCUCCGUCAUGUGCACAGUUGAAAUCCCGCAGCUCAUCGGCCAAAAGUUCAAGCUCAACGCAGAACAGACUGGUCUGCAGUUUAUCGGCAUCAUCAUCGGUUCUCUCAUCGGCGAACAGGUUGGCGGUUUCUUAAGUGAUCACUGGAUGAGCUGGCGAGCGAAGGACACAACACAAUCGAGGCGGGCACCGGAGUUCAGACUUUGGCUGAGUUACUCUGGUAUUCUGCUUGCGAUUUGUGGUCUCGUAGUAUUUCUUCUACAGACUCAGAAUGCGACUGCGGGCCACUGGAACGUGACGCCUAUCAUUGGCGUCAGUAUUGCAGCAGUAGGGAAUCAGAUCGUCACGACGAUCAUGAUCACGUAUGCUGUCGACUGCUACCCAGAUGAUGCGGGUAGUGUUGGUGUUUUCAUCAUCUUUGUGAGACAGACUUGGGGUUUCAUCGGACCUUUCUGGUUCCCGUACAUGUUUGAGAAUAUUGGAAUUGCAAACAGCGCGGCUGUUGCAUCUGCACUGAUGGCUGGGUGUGCAUUGAUUCCCGUAGCCUUUCUACAAUGGAAGGGUCACAAACUCCGUAGCAAGACAGUAGCGAUGAUUUAGAAUGUUCGCAAGAUGUCGGGGGUCUCGUUCCGCUGGCUGGACGAUCAAUGCGAACGAUAGUUCCAGAGAAG